UCAAGAUCCAGUGAAAACUGUACGUGUUCUGGAAUCCCUCAGUUGUUGAGGAAAAGCUGAAGGGAUGAGAGAGUGGGACCUUCCUGCCUGUUCUCUUCUGGUGAUUCAAUCUGAUUCCAGCUUCCUGGUGGAUAACAAGAUCUCAGGUGAUGAUAGGAUUUGAAGACCUGGCUGUGUAUUUCACCUGGAAAGAAUGGCAGAACAUGAACAAUGCUCAAAAAAUCUUGUACAGGGAUGUGAUGCUGGAGACCUACAGCAUCCUGUUCUCCUUGGGGCACUGCAUGACCAAACCUGACUUGAUCUUGAAGUUGGAGCAAGGAACAGAGCCCUGGAUGGUGGAAGAAUGCUUGCAUCAGAGCCUUCCAGGUCAGUCUGCACAUAAUGGGCAGGGAGGCCAAAGUAGAAGCAGUGCAGCAGAUGUUGACUGGUGCUCUUUCCAUGAAUUUUUCUCAAGUCUUACUCCUGAUGACAUCUGGAUUUGUAAAUCAGUUGCUGUGAAAAGGGAUGACCUGAUUAGGACCAACCAGGAAUGUCAGGACAAAAGUCUGAAUCUUAAUGUUAUGAAAAAUAACAACACAUCAACUCCAAAGAGAGUUGAAUUAAGAAAAACAUUUAAUUUAUGUUCAAGCCAUAUUCCAAAACUAAAUAUCAGAAAGGGAAAUUAUUUAAGAAUGAAACCUGAAGAAUGCAAUGUAUGUCACAAUGUGUAUCCCCAAAGGGGGUCUGAUCAACUACAAGCUGAAGAGAAAUUUGAUGCCACUAAGGUACCUGGGAACUCUCUCCAGUUCUGUGAGCCUCUUAAUCAGUGUCACAAGAUUCAGACUGUGAAUCAGACAGUUGAGCAUAUUGGACAAGGGAAAGAAUUCACAAGGAAGAUGUUCUUUAAAUCUGAGAAGGUUCAUAAGGGAGAAACCUGUAAUAAGUCAACUAUCACUGUUGGAAAGGCAACUCAAAUAAUAAAUGCUUUCCACAAAAGCUCUAACCUCAGUACGUGUCAACAAACCCACAUAAGAGAGAAAUUUUAUGAAUAUAUUAGAUAUGUGGAACCUGUUAUUUACCAAUCACAUCUUGCCAUAAAUCAGAGACCAUAUUUAGAGAAAAAACUCCAUGCAGGUAAACCUUGUGAAAAAUCUUUCAGUUGUGAGUCCUGCCAUAACAUCCAUCACAGUACUCACAUACAGGGAAACCCCCAUAUGUGUAUUGAAUGUGGAGAGACCACUCACCAGGAGUCAGAUCUCAUUAGACAACAGAAAAUUCACAUACAGAUGAAACCUCAUGAGUGUACUGAUAGUAGAAAAGUCUUUUUCCCAAAACCGUACAUCAUAACACAACAGAGAAUUCACAUAGAGGAGAAACCUCAUGAAUAUAAUGACUAUGGAAAAGACUUUUUGAACAAGUCCAACCUCAUCAAUCAGCAGAGAAUUCACAAAGGGAAGAAGCAUUAUGAAUGCAAUGAAUAUGGAAAAGCCUUUGGCCAUAAAUCAAACCUCAAAAUGCAUCAGAGAAUUCACACAGGGGAGAAACCUUAUAAAUGUUUUGACUGUGGAAAAGUCUUUGGCCGGAAGUCAAGCAUCAUAAUUCAUCAAAGAGUUCACACUGGGGAGAAACAUUAUGAAUGUAAUGUCUGUAGAAAAGCUUUUGGCAAGAAAUCAAAUCUCAUGAGGCAUCAGAGAAUUCACACAGGGGAGAAACCUCAUAAAUGUAAUGACUGUGGAAAAGCCUUUGGCCAGAAGACCAACCUAAUAAUGCAUCAGAGAAUUCACACAGGGGAGAAACCUUAUGAAUGUAAUGACUGUGGAAAAGCCUUUGGCCAGAAGUACCACCUCAUAAUGCAUCAGAGAAUUCACACAGGGGAGAAACCUUAUGAAUGUAAUAACUGUGGAAAAGCCUUUGGCCAGAAGACAAGCCUAAUAAUGCAUCAGAGAAUUCACACAGGGGAGAAACCUUAUGAAUGUAAGGACUGUGGAAAAGCCUUUGGCCAGAAGGCAAGCCUCAUAAUGCAUCAGAGAACUCACACAGGUGAGAAACCUUAUGAAUGUAAUGACUGUGGAAAAGCCUUUGGCCAGAAGACCAACCUAAUAAUGCAUCAGAGAAUUCACACAGGGGAGAAACCUUAUGAAUGUAAUGACUGUGGAAAAGCCUUUGGCCAUAAGACAAGCCUAAUAAUGCAUCAGAGAAUUCACACAGGGGAGAAACCUUAUGAAUGCAAGGAAUGUGGAAAUGCCUUUGGCCAGAAGGCAAGCCUAAUAAUGCAUCAGAGAAUUCACACAGGGGAGAAACCUUAUGAAUGCAAGGAAUGUGGAAAAGCCUUUGGCCAGAAGUCACACCUCAUUAGACAUCACAGAAUUCACACAGGGGAGAAUUCUUAUGAAUGUAAUAACUGUGGAAAAGCCUUUGGCCAUAAGACAAGUCUAAUAAUGCAUCAGAGAAUUCACACAGGGGAGAAACCUUAUGAAUGUAAUAACUGUGGAAAAGCCUUUGGCCGGAAGGCAAGCCUAAUAAUGCAUCAGAGAAUUCACACAGGGGAGAAACCUUAUGAAUGUAAUGACUGAGGAAAAGCCUUUGGAAAUAUAUCACAACUCAAUGCAUCAGAGAAUUAACACAGGAGAGAAAUGUCAUGAAUGUAAUGACUGGAAAAGUCUUUUGUGAAAAAUCACAACUCCUAUACACCAGAAAAUUCACACAGGUGAGAAACCUUAUUAAGCUAAUGACUAAUGGAAAGGUCUUUGGCCAAAAAUCAGACCUUAUUGAACACCAGAGAAUUCACACAGGGCAGGAGCCUUAUGAAUGUAAUGUAUGUGGAAAAGCCUUUGACAAUAAGUGAGAACUCAAUGCACCAGAGAAUUCACACAAGGAGAAACCUUAUGAAUGUAAUGACUCAGAAACUUUUUAACUAUAAUUCAACCCUAACUGCACAUCAUCAAAUCAUAUAGGGGAAAACCCUUUUGAAUGUAAUGCAUGUGAAAAAGCCUUUAUCUGGAAGUCACACCUCUUAAGACAUCAGAAAUCACAUGGGGGGGAAACCUUAUGGAUAUAAUGAGUGUUAGAAAGCUCUUUGCCAAAAUCAUGCCUUAUAACAUCAGAGAAUUUAGAGUAGAGACUUUUGAGUGUAAUAAAUGUAAGAGAUCCUUUUGUCAGAAGUAAUGCCCCAUAACACAUCAUGGAAUUCAAACAAAGGAAAUAGUUUAAGAAUAUACUGAAUGUGGAAGAGCUUUUUCCCAAAAUCAAUGUAAUCUUUGUGACAAAGCCUUUUGUUAGAAACCAUGGCCCAUACAACAGGGACUCAUGUAAAGGAGAAAGCUAAUGAAUGUUAUUAGUGUGAAAAACAUCAUUCUUCCAAAAUCAAUUGUUAUAAUCAAAGAAUUCGCACAGGGGUUUUCUUACAAGUGUAAUGAAUGUUGAAAAGUAUUUUCCUGGAAUUCAUGCUUACAUUGAUACAGAAUUCAAAAAAUAUGACAAAACAGUUAGCCAGAAAUUAGAUAUCAAUAGACAUCAGAGAAUCCAUAAAGAAAAAAAUAAAUGUAAGGAAUGUUUAAAAAAUUCAUCUCCUGUAAAUCUGUCUUUAGUUCACAAGAAGUGACUCAGAAAUGAGAUUACCAUAAGUCAUCUCUCAAUGGUUAGCUGAGAACUCACCAAAGAGAAAAUCCUUUGAUUGUAAUGUAAUUGGAAAAACCUUUACUGUAAGGCAAACUUCUGCAAUACUUAGCAAGAUUACAGGGAGAAGUUUCUGAAAAUGUCAUGUGUUUAGAAUUCUUAGAUACAACCACACCUCAGCAAGUGUUAGGCAAUUCACAUGAUGAAUUGUGACUGAGACAGGUUAACCAUUCUUCAGAAAUUCUUUCUCUUAUAUAACCUGUGUUUUUAGUUUCCCAUUAUUGUGAGACCAAGUAAAUGACCUAUGCUUUCAUGUAUAAAUUUUGCUAACAAAUAUUCAAUGGUUGAUUCAACAGUUACUUGGAAUACCUUCACCAAUUACAAAGUUAUUGUUGUAUAGCAGUUUUACCACCUGCCUAGGAUUCUUUCCCCACAUUAUUGUAGUAUUGUAGUACAAAGAAGUGAUGUGACCACAGGCAUGUGAACUGAACUGACACAUGUUCCAGCCAUAAUUCUGUACUCCAGCCCUGAGUGAUGAGUGUUGUGUCCAGUAUAGGGAAUGAGCCUGUGGUCACCUGUAUACUCAUGUGAACUUUCAAGUUAUCUGUGUGCAUGUCUGGAUUAGACUAUACUGCCUGAGGUCUGUUUGAAUAUUCAGGUAGGACUUUUUGCACACAUCACCUUCACUAUAUAAUGGGACUAUCUCAAAUCCUAUAAAUUGCUCUUUAUCUCCUAAAUUUUCUUGGAUUACUGAGUUGCAAUCCAUUUUAAAAUAUUUCACUUACAAUCCCCUAUUUUAUACUUUUCUUCCUUUAAUUUCUUGCACAGAGACAAUAAUUUGGGUAGUAUUACUUCGUACUGCUAAAAGUGACCCUCAUUUUUAUUGAAAAUGUGUGUUUUCAUCCUUUUCCAAAGGCAAAAGGAGGCUUAUACUCAAAAUGAAAAUCAAUGUCAUCAUGAAGGCAAAGAUGAAAGUCAUGUAAUCAUAAAGACAGAGGCUACCAGAAGCUGAAGUUGGCAAUGAAGAGAUUAUUCUGUAGAUACUGGCUGGAGCACAGACCUCACUCCCUGCAUUGCAGUUUGAGCCAGAGAGAGUGAUUUCACUUUUAUCCUUCAAAGAGUGACAGUAUACAUUUUACUUUUUUUAAGUCAUUAAGCUUGUGAUAAUUUUUGACAGUAACAAUAGGUAACCAGAUUCUCUUACUACUAACCUGGAAGUGACUGAAAUUUCAUGAAACAUGAGCACAAUCUGGUGGUAGAAGUAUAAAACUGAUCAUAUCUGGGAAAAUUGACAAAAACUUGCUAGUAGGGUCAACGGAUGGAUCAAUUAGCUCCCUGAUCCACAUCUAAUUAUUUCCUUAUAAUUAUCAUUGUUGGAAUAUAAAUAAUGCGGUAUGCCUCUAGAAGCCAUUUCUUAAUUCUGGAUGGAAUAUAAUUCUUUUGGCUUAUUUGUUUUGUGUCAUUUUUGCUUUUCCAAUGUUUUUAAUCACUGAUGCCUCAAUAAAUUCUUUUUUUCUAAAGUUAAAUGUGAUCUAUUUUAUUUAGAAAUAAUACUCAGGGACCUGCAGAGGACAGUUAUUGUCAGAAAUCCACUAAUUUCUUUGAAUUUUUGUUUUGGUGUUAAUUUCCGACAUGUGUUAUGAGUUCUAUUGAAAGAGACACUGGUUAGUUUGCUGACUGAUGAUGCCAUAAUUUCUUAUGACAAGUAAUUGUACAUUUUCUGGCUGGGAGUCUUGCUUUCCUCUAUACUUAAGGAGUCUAUUUCUCUAUGGGCUUUGUUUGAUUAUCUAUGACUUGAUCAGGG